AUGCCGGAAUGGGAGAAGCUCGGCGAGUUAUACAAAGACAAAAAGAAAGUGACCAUUGCUAAGAUGAAUUCGAUCAACAACGAAGUUCCCGGACUGCCGAUUUUGGACGUCCCCACACUAGCGCUUUUCAUCAAAGGAUCCACAACACCUAUUUACUACAAGGAGGACGAUCGGACAACAAAUGCGUUCUCGCAAUUCAUAACAACCAGUCUAAAAAGCGCUGCAGAAUCCAGCGCAAAAACGAAGAAACCAGCCAGCAAGCCCAAAGAAGAGACUAAAAAGGAAGAAAAAACGGAGAAAGCGGAAAAAACGAAGAAAAAAGGGAAGAAAAGCAAAGACGAGCUAUAA